AUGGCGCGGCGAUCCGCCCCGCUCCUCCGCCGCCUGGUCUCCUCCGCGCCGCCCCUCCCGGGCCACGGCGGCGGCGCGCGCCGCACGGUGACCUACAUGCCCCGCCCGGGCGACGGCACCCCGCGUCCCGUCACGCUCAUCCCGGGCGACGGCAUCGGGCCCCUCGUCACCGGCGCCGUCGAGCAGGUCAUGGAGGCGAUGCACGCGCCCGUCUACUUCGAGUCCUACGACGUCCACGGCGACAUGCCCGCCGUGCCCCCCGCCGUCAUCGAGUCCAUCCGCCGCAACAAGGUCUGCCUCAAGGGCGGCCUCGCCACCCCCGUCGGCGGGGGCGUCUCCUCCCUCAACAUGCAGCUCCGCAAGGAGCUCGACCUCUUCGCCUCCCUCGUCAACUGCGCCAACGUCCCCGGCCUGCCCACCAGGCACCAGAACGUCGACAUCGUCGUCAUCAGGGAGAACACCGAGGGCGAGUACUCGGGCCUCGAGCACGAGGUCGUCCCGGGGGUCGUCGAGAGCCUCAAGGUCAUCACGAAGUUUUGCUCUGAGAGGAUUGCCAAAUAUGCCUUCGAGUAUGCUUACCUUAACUACCGGAAGAAAGUCACGGCAGUGCAUAAAGCAAACAUCAUGAAACUUGCUGAUGGUUUGUUCUUGGAGUCUUGCCGUGAGAUUGCCGCUAAAUAUCCAAGUAUUGAGUAUAACGAAAUUAUUGUUGACAACUGCUGCAUGCAACUUGUUUCAAGGCCUGAGCAAUUUGAUGUUAUGGUUACGCCUAACCUUUACGGCAAUUUGGUUGCCAACACAGCUGCAGGUCUUGUUGGAGGAACAGGUGUCAUGCCAGGAGGUAAUGUGGGUCAGGAUCAUGCCAUCUUCGAGCAAGGUGCUUCUGCAGGAAAUGUGGGAAAUGACAAUCUUGUAGAGCAGCAGAAAGCAAACCCUGUCGCCCUGCUCCUGUCGUCCGCUAUGAUGUUGAGGCAUUUGCAGUUCCCGUCGUUCGCUGACCGUCUGGAAACUGCGGUGAAGCGGGUCAUUGCAGAGGGCAAGUACAGGACAAAGGAUCUGGGCGGCACCAGCACCACCCAGGAAGUUACUGAUGCAGUGAUCGCUAAUCUGGAUUAG